CAUAUGCUUAGGGCCGAAUGUAAUUACUAUUUUUGAGCAGCACAAGAUACAACAGGCAAUGUUUUUUUUAAAUAUAUAUAUAUUCCCGGUCAGCUGGGUCGCAGUGGUUCGGCAGAGCUGUUGUGGGAACAACUUCUGUUUUCGAUGGCCUCGUUUAGCUUUUGUUCCGCUUCCUACCAGUUUUUACCGAUGCGCCUUAAAUGAUUAUACAUUUUAAACGUUCCUCCUGACCCUGAGCCACGGGCUGACGUUUGCUGCAAUGGGAACCUGCAACAGACUAUCUCUUGUCCAGAGCCUAAUUUUCAUCUCUCUAUUUCCAGAUCUUCAGGCACAAAAACUGGAAGUAAAGCCUGAAGUGACUGGACUUAUCGGCCAAGAGGUCGUUUUGAAAUGCCAGUUCAUCCCAGGACCACAAAACUCCACCAUUGAUCAGAUUCAAUGGGAUAUACAUUCACUCAAUGGAAACUCUACUAUUCUUGUUUUCCACCAUCAUUAUGGAAUGAGUAUUAAAGAAUCUCCCCUGAAAGAAAGAGUGAAUCUUACAGAACAGUCACUUAAAAUUAGAGAUGUGAAAAUGAUAGAUGCGGGUUUAUACACCUGCAGUAUUUCCACAUUUCCCAGUGGAUCAUUAAAAGCAACCACCAAACUUUUUGUUCUUGAUGAGCGUGCCUCAGAACAAAUGCAGAUGUCUGCAGGGAUACUUGCUGCAAUUGUCGCCUCUGCCAUGCUGCUGUUAGGGAUCCUGACGGCUGUAGUUUACCUUACCUACAUCAGAAGACAUAAUGCGGCACACAGUCUUCAAGUUCACAUAGAUACAUCAACUCGUGUGGCGAGUGUGACCAGACCAUCUUAUAUCUUCAGGGAUCAGGAAGAGGUGUACGCUGAUCUGAGGCAUGAACGAAACAGGAACAAAGCAUCUUUACUGAAUAAACACCGCAGAACUGCUGCAAGGGCUGAAGAUGUCACGUACGCGGAGGUCAAGGUUUAUCAUCAGAGGCCUAGCUUAGAGACAGUGUUUAGUGUUUGAAUGUUUUGCAAAACAGAUACACUGUAAUAGUACCAGUUUCAUGAUCAUAUUAUAUCUCCACCUGAUUUUAGGAUCCCGUCUGUGGUUGUUCUACACAGGCUUUUUGCACACACAUCUUCCAGCUAAAUGAUACUAUCAGCAUGUCAGCAUGCAAAUAACAUCUGGCUGCUGCUUGAGAAAAAAAAUAUCUUGUUUUAGGUUAUGUCUUUAUUUCUGGCUUUAUAAAAUUACCAUUUUAACAAACAGUCUCUGAAAAUAGCUUUUAAAACUGCAGGGGAUUGUGUGUUUAUGUGAUAUUUUGCAUCAGAUGUUUUAUGAUUAGGUUUGGGCCAAAUUAUAAGCCAGUUUAUCUGUCACUUGUUGAUAUGUAGUUUGUGUACCAUACCUAAAAGUGUUCCUUGUCUCUUGAGCUUUUCAUGUUUUGUCACAUGACAAACACAAACUUCAAAUAUUUUAAUGACAUUUUAUGUGAUAGAGCAACACAAAGUACCGUA